GAUCGGAGAGAGAUGAGUGCACUUCUUACAGUACCACAGAGACCACGACUGGAUUUUUACGAAGAUUCUUGCAUCGGAUACGAUGCCGACAAUGGUGAGGGCCAGCACCGCAGCGCUAGCAGACAUAUGCAUCUGUAUCAGCCUUACAUGGGAACUGCACAGGAGGAAGACCGGUUUCACACACACGGACAGCAUGACCCGCACGCUGAGAAUGUAUAUUUUGAAUCGCGGUGUCCUUACGACCGUUGUGCAGAUAGGGCUAUUGGGAGCGUAUUUGGGUUCACUCAACCAAGACACAAUGGUAUGGACCGUCUUCCACUGUGUAGGAUGCAAAAGUACGUCCUCGCAGUCGCUGGGACGUCAUCAGCGACACCUAAUGGCACUUACCUCGCAGUCUAUGUCAACUCCAUGAUGGCCGUGUAAGCAGCAGCUCCGUUGUUGUGGUUUUCUAAAGGGUCACUGUUAUACGAUGUCACACAGCUUAAAUGCUCGUCAACACCUGAGGAGCGGA